UCUGGACAUCCCGGAAGCCGAGGCGUGCCGUUCCGCCUCCGGGCGCCGCUCCGCCGCCGCGCUUCCCAGGCCCGCGCCCGAAGCAGAGCCAUGAGCACCGCGGGGUGCCAGGAGAGCCGCUAGCGCCAUGGGCACCGGCGAGACGCUACUGGUGGGGCUGCUGGUGCUGGUGCUGGCCGUGGCGCUGCUAUCCAACGCGCUGGUGCUGCUCUGCUGCGCCUACAGAGCCGAGCUCCGGGCGCGCGCCUCGGGCGUCCUCCUGGUGAACCUGUCUCUGGGACACCUGCUGCUGGCGGUGCUGGACAUGCCCUUCACACUGCUCGGAGUGCUGCAUGGGCGGCCACCGUCGGCGCCUGGCACGUGCCAAGCCAUCGGCUUCCUGGACACCUUCCUGGCGUCCAACGCGGCGCUGAGCGUGGCGGCUCUGAGCGCGGACCAGUGGUUGGCUGUGGGCUUCCCGUUGCGCUGCGCCGGACUCCUGCGACCGCGCAAUGCUGGCUUGCUGCUGGCCUGUGCCUGGGGACAGUCGCUGGCCUUCGCGGUCGCUGCCCUCGGCUGCUCCUGGCUUGGCUACAGCAGCGCCUUCGCAUCCUGCUCGCUGCGCCUGCCGCCCGAGCCCGAGCACCUGCGCUUCGCUGCCUUCACCGCCGCGUUCCACGCCGUGGGCUUUGCGCUGCCACUGGCGGUACUCUGCCUCACCUCGCUCGGGGUGCUCCGGGUAGCGCGCAGCCACUGCCGGCGCAUGGACACCGUCGCCAAGAAGGCGCUUGUGCUGCUCACCGACCUGCACCCCAGCGUGCGGCAGCGCUGCCUCAUCCGGCAGAAGCAGCGCCACCACCGCGCCACCAGGAAGAUUGGUGUCUCUAUCGCCACCUUCCUCAUCUGCUUUGCCCCAUACGUGGUGACCAGGCUGGUGGAGCUCGUGCCUUCCGUCACCGUGAACCCCCACUGGGGCAUCCUCAGCAAGUGCCUGACCUACAGCAAGGCCGCGGCCGACCCAUUCAUGUGCUUCCUGCUCUGCCGGCCGUUCCGCCAAGUCCUGGCUGGCAUGGUGCACCAGCUGCUGAAGAGAUCCCCGCCCCCGGCAUCUGCCCACCACAGCUCUCUGGACGCAGAGAAUGAUUCCUGCUUGCAGCAGUCACUCUGAGGGCCUGGCAGUGCAUUGACGCUCCCCGCCCCCUACCCUCAUCUAAAGAGCCCUGUGGAAGGGACACUGUCCCUGCCGCAGAAACACUGCUGGGGACCCCCAGACACUGGCAGCUUCACUCUGGGCUGAGGCUGAAGCACAGGAGCGGGGAAGGAGGGGGCGGAUGUGGGUGUGGGCAGCAGGAGCAGCGGAAGAGAGUUCCAGGCUUGACCCCCUGGCCGCUGGGUGGUCCCGGGACAGUGGCUUUUCCUCUCUGAGCCUCAGCUUCCUCACCCUUGUUCUGGGGUUGCGGUGGUGCUGCGAGACGGUGGGUAGAGAGGUGCCCUGCGUGGCGCGUGGUGCCAUAGGCGCCCGGUGAUGACUGCUGUUUGUGUGGGUGAGGUGCUCACUCUUGCUCAGGGUCUGUUCUGCAUCCCAGGUUGUCACCUGUUACUCCA